AAUCCAAAAUCCACACGUAAUAUUCCAUUGGCAUCUUCUCCAGAUAUCCCUCCCUCCCUCCCUCUCAGGGCCACCUUUUUUCAAUCUCGGCCGGUCUCUGUAUAAAUAGUCUCCUCCGUCUCAAUCCAACAAGUACAAAGUACAAACCCUCCUCCUCCUCCUCCUGCAGUGCUCCUCCCUGAUUAAUGGCGGCCGCCGGCAGAGUUGUGGUGCUCUUCGACUUCGACAAGACGAUCAUCGACGUGGACAGCGACAAUUGGGUCGUCGACGAGCUGGGUUUCGCCUCCUUGUUCCAUCGCCUUCUUCCCACCAUGCCCUGGAAUUCUCUCAUGGAUACGAUGAUGAAGGAGCUCCGCGAUCAUGGGAAGACCGUCAACGACAUCGAACAAGUCCUCAAACGUAUUCCAAUUCAUCCCCGGAUCGUCCCUGCCAUUCGGACCGCUCAUGCCCUAGGGUGCGAUUUGAGGAUUGUGAGCGACGCAAACCUUUUCUUCAUCGAAACCAUACUGGAACAUCUCGGGAUCAAGGAAUGCUUCUCGGAGAUCAACACGAAUCCCGGCUUUGUCGACUCAGAAGGUCGUCUCAGAAUAUUUCCUUUCCAUGAUUUCCACUCUUCUCCCCACGGGUGCAACAACCGUUGCCCUCCGAACAUGUGCAAGGGGAAGAUCAUAGAGAGGAUACAUGGAGAAUUGGGAAUGGAGGGAAGGAAGAAGAAGAAGAUGAUGAGGAUGGGGAUGAUCUAUCUGGGCGAUGGGAGUGGGGAUUUCUGUCCGAGCUUGAGGCUGAGAGAAGGGGACUUUAUGAUGCCCAGGAAAGGUUUUCCUGUGUGGGAAUUGAUAAACCAGAACAGGGCUUGUUUGGAAGCAGAGGUUCAUGAAUGGAGUGAUGGGGAGGAGCUGGAGAGUGUUCUUCUUCAACUCAUUAACAGGAUCUGCUGCGCUCAAGAAGAGAGUCAAUUUCCUCUGCAAACGGAUGAUGAUUUUAAGUUCCAGAAGAUGGAGUUGCUUAAAGCUAUCCCUGUGCCUUUCUAGCUGGGAAAUAGUAGCUUUUGAGUUUUUGUGUUUGAUCAAGAAAAAAACAAAGUCCAUAAACCCACCCAUUUCAUAUCAUCUUGUCCAUUGGCUUUCACUUUUUAUAAUGAGUAUAUUUUGAAUACAAUGAAGCUAAAAAUAUGUU